AUGCUUCGACCGCAUCCCAGGCUGGGUCAUGGAGUACAUCUACCGCAAACUCGGUGUCCCCUCCCUUCCUCGCCAGCUCAUGGCCCUUUUCUCGGGGUCAGCCAGAUCGACAUCCGCACGACCUUUGGAUGGCUAGACGUUGGCAUCCGAGAAUUCGACCAGAGCUCCAUCCUAGCGGGUGGCACUGACCCCGUCCAUAUCACCCACAGUCAACACUCUGAAGAACCACCCCACACGCGCACCAUCUCCAGGCUCCUCUUCGUCGACGACGCACUCGAUAUCUCCACCUCCUACACGGGCAUCCAAGACCGUGCUACGAUCUCCAAUCACUUCACAGGCUAA